UGCAUGUGUGCAUGUGGGGUUGUCUUCGCCUAGCCUUCCUUGCAGUUUCUGCCUCCGUCGCGCCGGGGCGGCUGUCGGGCCCAGCAGGUGGAUAAACACGGUCGUCGAACCAUGGGCGCCGCACUGCCGCCGCGCAGCCAUGUCUAGCGGCGAUAGCAGCAGAGGCGCUGCCCGGAGGAGCGCAGCUCAGCGCUGUGCGCGAGGUUUUCUUUGAGGCGGGCGGAUUGGCGGCGGCGGCGGCGGCUGCAUGAGACGAUUCCAUGUUGGCGGUUCAGGAUUAAGCGAAGGAAGACCCCGGUCGUGGCGCAGAGAGCCGGCUGACUUCUUCCUCUCUCCCUCCAUUCCUCGGCGCUCCGGUGGGAAGGCUCCGUUCUCCAGCGGGGAACGGAGAGGCAUGGCUGACCGAAGCGCUCCCAAGUGCCACUUGAGGCUGGAGUGGGUUUAUGGCUACAGAGGUCACCAAUGCCGCAACAAUCUUUACUACACGGCCGCCAAAGAGAUCGUUUAUUUUGUGGCGGGGGUUGGAGUGGUCUACAGUCCCCGGGAGCACCGGCAGAAAUUUUACCUGGGGCACCAGGACGACAUCAUCAGCCUUGCUUUACAUCCUGAUCGAGUAUUGGUAGCAACAGGUCAAGUUGGGAAAGAACCAUAUAUCUGUGUUUGGGACACCUACACUGUACAGACUGUAUCAGUAAUGAAAGAUGUUCAUACACAUGGCAUAGCUUGCUUGGCAUUUGAUGUAGAUGGUCAGCGUUUGCUUUCAGUUGGUUUGGAUUCAAAGAAUACAAUCUGUGUCUGGGAUUGGAGAAAAGGAAAAAUGUUGUCCAUGGCUCCUGGUCACACUGACAGAAUAUUUGACAUUUCUUGGGAUUUGUACCAACCAAACAAACUUGUUAGCUGUGGUGUAAAACAUAUUAAGUUCUGGAGUCUGUGUGGAAAUUCAUUGACACCAAAGCGUGGUGUAUUUGGUAAGACUGGUGAUCUCCAAACUAUUUUGUGCCUCGCCUGUGCAAGAGAUGAAAUAACAUAUUCUGGUGCACUUAAUGGAGAUAUUUAUGUAUGGAAAGGAAUCAACCUUAUACGAACCAUACAAGGAGCACAUGCCGCAGGAAUUUUCAGCAUGAAUGCAUGUGAAGAAGGCUUUGCCACUGGUGGCAGGGAUGGCUGCAUUCGCCUUUGGGAUUUAAAUUUUAAACCCAUUACUGCGAUUGAUCUCAGGGAAACCGACCAGGGGUAUAAAGGUCUGUCAGUAAGGAGUGUUUGUUGGCGAGGAGAUCACAUUCUAGUUGGAACACAGGACAGUGAAAUUUUUGAAAUUGUGGUGCAUGAACGCAAUAAGCCUUUUCUUAUUAUGCAAGGACACUGUGAAGGAGAGCUUUGGGCCCUGGCAGUUCAUCCUACAAAACCAUUAGCCGUAACUGGGAGUGAUGAUCGAUCAGUUAGAAUAUGGAGCCUUAUAGAUCAUGCCCUAAUUGCACGGUGUAACAUGGAAGAACCCAUUCGUUGUGCAGCUGUUAGCACUGAUGGAAUUCAUCUUGCUCUUGGAAUGAAAGAUGGUUCUUUUACAGUACUUCGUGUUAGAGAUAUGACAGAAGUUGUUCACAUUAAGGAUAGGAAGGAAGCUAUUCAUGAAUUAAAAUAUUCACCAGAUGGAAAUUUCCUUGCAGUUGGCUCCAAUGACAGCUCUGUUGACAUUUAUGGUGUUAUUCAACGAUAUAAAAAGGUUGGAGAAUGUGUUGGAUCCUCAAGUUUUAUAACCCAUAUGGACUGGUCUUUAGACAGUAAAUAUUUGCAAACCAAUGAUGGUAGUGGAAAACGUCUUUUUUAUAGAAUGCCUGGUGGAAAAGAAGUGAUGAAUAAAGAAGAGUUAAAGGGCAUCCAGUGGGCUUCAUGGACUUCAGUUUCAGGCCUUGAAGUUAACGGAAUAUGGCCUAAAUAUUCAGAGAUCAAUGAUAUAAAUUCUGUUGAUGCAAAUUUUGUUGGUCAGGUUCUUGUUACAGCUGAUGAUUAUGGAACAGUAAAACUCUUUCGGUAUCCAUGUAUAAGAAAAGGGGCAAAGUUUAAGAAAUACUUUGGUCAUUCAGCACACGUGACAAAUGUCAGGUGGUCACAUGAUUAUCAAUGGGUUAUUUCUAUUGGUGGAGCAGACCACUCUGUUUUCCAGUGGAAAUUUAUUCCUGAAAGAAAGUUGAAAGAUGCUCUUCACAUAGCACCGCAAGAAAGCAUGAUUGACUCCAAUAGUGAAGAAUCAGAUUCUGAUCAAUCUGAUGUUCCAGAGCUGGACUCUGAAAUUGAGCAAGAGACUCAGAUCACUUAUCGACGACAGGUUUACAAAGAAGAUCUACCUCAGCUUAAAGAGCAAUGCAAAGAAAAACGAAAAACUGCAGCCUCAAAAAGAAGAGAGAAGGCUCCCAUCAAUAGUAUAAGAUUGCAUUUUGUUCACGGUUACAGAGGCUAUGACUGUCGGAGUAAUUUAUUUUACACUCAGACUGGAGAAAUUGUGUACCAUGUUGCAGCAGUGGGCAUAGUAUACAAUCGGCAGCAAAACACACAGCGCUUUUAUUUGGGUCAUGAUGAUGAUAUCCUAUGCCUUGCUAUUCACCCUUUAAAGGACUAUGUGGCCACAGGCCAGGUUGGCCGGGAUUGCUCAACUCAUGUUUGGGAUACAGAGACAAUCAAACCUCUGUCGGUAUUAAAGGGCUAUCACCAGUUUGGUGUUUGUGCUGUUGAUUUUUCAGCUGAUGGCAAACGUUUAGCUUCAGUUGGAAUAGAUGACAAUCACACUGUUAUUCUUUGGGAUUGGAGAAAAGGAGAUAAGCUUUCAGCAGUAAGGGGGAGUAAAGACAAGAUCUUUGUUGUUAAAAUUAACCCCUUUAUGCCUGAUAAACUAAUUACAGCUGGAAUUAAACACAUAAAAUUCUGGCGAAGAGCAGGAGGUGGAUUAAUUGGAAAAAAAGGUUAUGUGGGUCCAGUGGGAAAAAUUGAUACAAUGAUGUGUGCAGUUUAUGGCUGGACAGAAGAAAUGGCAUUUUCUGGAACUGCAACUGGAGAUGUGUGUAUAUGGAGAGAUAUUUUCUUGGUCAAAACAGUGAAAGCACAUGAUGGCCCAUUGUUCAGUAUGCAUGCAUUAGAAAAAGGAUUUGUAACCGGGGCAAAAGAUGGAAUUGUUGCUCUUUGGGAUGACAGCUUUGAGCGGUGUCUGAAAACAUAUGCCAUCAAACGAGCUGCAUUAGCCCCAGGCUCCAAAGGUCUCCUUUUAGAAGAUAAUCCUUCUAUCCGUGCCAUAUCAUUAGGACAUGGUCAUAUUUUAGUAGGAACAAAGAAUGGUGAAAUAUUGGAAGUUGAUAAAAGUGGGCCAAUAACUUUACUAGUUCAGGGUCAUAUGGACGGAGAUGUUUGGGGUUUAGCUUCUCAUCCUCAUUUACCUAUUUGUGCCACUGUAAGUGAAGAUAAAACCUUAAGAAUAUGGGAUCUUUCACCAAGCCAUUGCAUGCUAGCUGUUCGAAAACUGAAGAAGGGGGGAAGAUGUUGCUCUUUUUCACCUGAUGGAAAAGCAUUGGCAGUAGGCCUGAAUGACGGCAGUUUCUUAAUGGUAAAUUCAGAUACUUUGGAGGAUCUUGUUUCUUUUCAUCACAGGAAAGAUGCUAUUUCAGAAAUACGAUUUUCUUCUGGUGCUGGAAAAUACCUAGCUGUAGGAUCAUAUGAUAGUUUUGUAGAUAUCUAUAAUGUAAUGAGCAGUAAAAGGGUUGGAAUCUGCAAGGGAGCCUCCAGUUACAUAACCCAUAUGGAUUGGGACAUAAGAGGCAAGCUUCUACAAGUCAACACCGGUGCUAAAGAACAGUUAUUUUUUGAAGCUCCACGGGGAAAAAGGCAGAUAAUUUCUACUGCACAGGCAGAAAAGAUUUCCUGGACAUCUUGGACGAGUGUUUUAGGUACGUGCUGUGAAGGAAUAUGGCCAAUAAUUGGAGAAGUCACAGAUGUAAGUGCUUCGAGCUUAAGCAGUGACAGUACAGUCUUGGCAACAGGAGACGAUUUUGGAUUUGUAAAACUUUUCCAUUUCCCUGCCAAAGGAAAGUACAGCAAAUUUAAGCGGUAUGUGGCUCAUAGUACACAUGUGACAAAUGUCCGCUGGACUCACGAUGACAGUUUAUUAGUCAGUAUUGGAGGAGGAGAUAUGUCGCUAAUGCUGUGGACCCAUGAGAUGGAGGGUCAUCGAGAAAGUAGGCAGUGUGAUAGCGAAGAAUCUGACCUGGAUUCUGAGGAAGAUGGGGGAUAUGAUAGUGAUGUCACAAGAGAAAAUGAAAUUAAUUACACCAUUAAAGCCUUAUCAACCAACAUAAGACCUAUGUUUGGAAUCAAGCCUCAUCUACAGCAAAAAGAGCCUUCAGCUGAUGAAAGGCAAGGAGUUGUAAGACCACCAGUUAGUAGGGCACUGCCUCAGCCUGAAAAACUCCAAACAAAUAAUGUUGGGAAGAAGAAGAGACCUAUAGAGGAUUUAGUGCUCGAACUGGUAUUUGGAUACCGCGGUAGAGAUGGCAGAAACAAUGUGCACUAUUUGAAUGAUGGUGCUGACAUAAUUUAUCAUACAGCAUCAGUUGGAAUUCUAUAUAAUGUGGCAACAGGUUCUCAGUCUUUUUAUCAGGAACAUAAUGAUGACAUUUUGUGCCUCACUAUAAAUCAGCAUCCCAAAUUUGUCAACCUUGUGGCAACUGGCCAAGUAGGAGACUCAGCAGACAUGUCAACAACAGCUCCUUGUAUUCAUGUGUGGGAUGCAAUGAACAAACAGACAUUGUCUAUACUGCGAUGUUACCAUUCAAAGGGAGUUUGUUCAGUUGGAUUUAGUGCCACUGGCAAGCUUCUUCUGUCUGUUGGUUUGGAUCCUGAACAUACCAUUACCAUUUGGAAAUGGCAAGAAGGUGCCAAAAUUGCCAGUAGAGCCGGUCAUAACCAACGUAUUUUUGUAGCAGAAUUCAGGCCUGAUUCCGACACUCAGUUUGUUUCAGUAGGAGUAAAACAUGUGAGAUUUUGGACCCUUGCUGGAAGAGCCCUUCUUAGUAAAAAAGGACAGACAAGUUCAAUAGAAGAUGCACGAAUGCAAACCAUGCUCUCUGUGGCAUUUGGAGCUAAUAAUUUGACAUUUACAGGUACCAUCAGUGGAGAUGUGUGUGUUUGGAAGGACCACAUAUUGAAUCGAAUUGUGGGCAAAGCUCAUAAUGGUCCUAUAUUUGCAAUGUAUACAACAUUACGUGAUGGCUUAAUUGUAACUGGAGGCAAAGAGAGGCCAUCAAAAGAAGGAGGUGCAAUUAAGCUAUGGGAUCAGGAACUUAGAAGAUGUCGAGCCUUUAGAUUAGAGACGGGACAAGUAAUUGACUGUGUCCGUUCUGUGUGCAGAGGCAAAGGAAAAAUUCUUGUUGGGACACGAAAUGCUGAAAUCAUAGAAGUUGGAGAGAAAAAUGCUGCCUGUAACAUUCUGAUUAAUGGGCACAUGGAUGGGCCUAUCUGGGGAUUGGCAACCCACCCGUCUCGUGAUCUUUUUCUUUCUGCUGCAGAAGAUGGAACAGUGAGACUUUGGGAUAUUGCUGACAAAAAAAUGGUGAACAAAGUCAAUUUGGGCUAUGCAGCACGCACCGUAUCAUACAGCCCGGAAGGUGACAUGGUAGCAAUUGGCAUGAAAAAUGGAGAGUUUAUUAUCCUAUUAGUGAACUCUCUGAAGAUAUGGGGGAAGAAAAGAGACAGACGAUCUGCUAUCCAAGACAUCAGGUUCAGCCCAGAUGCCCAUUACUUAGCAGUGGGUUCAAGUGAAAACGCAGUUGACUUUUAUGACCUGACCCUGGGGCCUCCUCUUAACAGAGCCAGCUACUGCAAAGACAUUCCAAGCUUUGUUAUUCAAAUGGACUUUUCUGCAGAUAGCUGUUAUCUUCAGGUGUCUACUGGGUCUUACAAAAGGCAAGUUUAUGAAGUGCCUUCAGGAAAACAACUUCUGGAUCAAACUGUGAUUGAUAGAAUAACAUGGGCCACUUGGACCAGCAUUCUAGGAGAUGAAGUUGUUGGAAUUUGGUCCCGGCAUGCUGAGAAAGCGGAUGUAAAUUGUGCCUGUGUUUCUCACUCGGGAAUUAGCCUUGUAACAGGCGAUGAUUUUGGAAUGGUCAAGUUGUUCGACUUCCCUUGUCCAGAGAAGUUUGCAAAACAUAAAAGAUUUUUAGGUCACUCGGCUCAUGUGACCAAUAUUCGCUUUACAAGUGGUGACAGAUAUGUUGUCAGUGCUGGUGGAGAUGAUAGCAGUAUAUUUGUCUGGAAAUGUGUCCAUAUGCCUCAUUAAUAGACAUGGAGACCUUCUCCAGUGGAUGGGAUUGGGACAUGAAGUUACUAGCGCACAACGGCUGCAAAGAGAAUUCUCCAGUGCCCCUCAUGCUUCAAGAAAUGGUGCUGAUAAAGACAGGUAGUGAUCUGUCUGUCUGACUAGAGUCUAUCAGAAGCAUGAACUACUACAAAUAUUUUGAAAUUAAUCAUAUUUCUAGCAUAUCGGAUAGCCUAUAUCUCUUUCCCACUCACUGCCAGAUAUUGAAAUACUUCGAUAAAGAAGGAGUUUGGGCUCAGUCUACAAUGCCCCAAUAAAAUUGUGGCUUAUACUCAAGAUAUAUUAUUUCUGAUCUAAAUCUGUACAGUAUAUUGAUGCAUUUACUUUCAUCAUGGAUGUUUAAAUACUGGGUACUAAUAAUCAUCAGAUGAAUUCUUAUUUUAUUACUGAAAAGCAAACUAUUGUGCUGGUCUUAAAACUUUUUUUUAAAGUGAAAAUAAAAUUUAAAAAAAAAGAGUGGACCUCAAAAAGAUUCGCUUAGUUUCCCAACUUUCAACCAAUCAACCCACCCACCCCUUAAGAAUUUUUAGCUUCCAGGACCUACAUAAUUGUAUUGAUUUUGAAGCCUGAAUUGUAAUUCUAUUGGGUGACUGCAGGUAGACCUGUAGGAGCCCAUUCUUCAACGCAGAUUUACUGUUUUUGUAUCAUUUGAGCAUUACAUAAAUUCUGUGAGCAGAAUCACAUUUGCUCACAUUUUGAGUGCCUUGCCCAAAACCUAGAAGAUCUAACUCCGUUUUUUGCCUUGUGAAUAAAUGUGUUAUCAGUGAAUGAGCAAGUGCUUGUUUGCAAAGCAAUGCUGAACAAAACAGGAUUGAGUUCAUUUUAGUGUUCAGGUAUAUGGAAGGUAUUGACUGUCAACAGUUGCAAAGAAAAAAAAAUCAAUAGCAAUAGGAAUUAUUUCUUCCAUAUUCCUUGCAUUUCUGGAUGAAAACUUUGUAAAUGCAAAGUGAAAUCAGUAAUUCAAUUGUAUUUUAUAGUGUUUUUUAAACAGAAGAAAUAAGAAUAGUUAAAUUUCUUAUUCUUCGAUUCAGAACCAGUUCAUACAUGCAUGUUCCCAUCAUUUUUACCCUCAGAACACAUUCGUGAUUGUUUCUGAAUGAAAAUGUACCUGUCAAUAGAAAAAUUACAAAGUAGUUAAUUAAGGGAUUUUAAAAAACUUCUGUUUUGGAAUCAAAAUAUAACUUCAGCAUAAUCAUGUAGGCUGAAAACAUUGGCAAAUGAGAACCAAAACAUUUCUGUGACUAUAAAUCCUUCCUAUCGGGAGAAUUAAGUCUUCUCUGUGAAAAUGGAUUCCAUUGUAAAAUAGAUUUUUAUUGUCUGACUUUGAAACAAUAAUAUUCAUUUUAAGAAGUAAAACUAGAAGCACACCUGCCCUGUCAAUUGGUCAGUUAAAAGUGUUUUAUAUAAAAAAACAGCAAAGAAAGUUUCUACACCUCCCCUUCACAAUUCUUAUUUUUUUUAAAUAAAAAAAAACUGCAUACCAUUUCUCAUUUCAAAAAUCCCAAAGUCAUUUACAAAGUAAUGAAAACUAUAUUACCAAGAAUUCCGAACCAAAAUAUACCUUCAGGCAAUUGAAAAAAACAAAUAUUAGGUGAGUUAAUGAUCCAGAAUUGCCAUCAUAAAAAGAAUCAGAUGCCUAACACAUGUCAGGAUAUUUACACAUUUAGCUAAUCUGGGAUUCCAGAAGAGUUUCCUUUAUGUUUAAUGUUCAGUACAGAGCAUCCCAGAUAACAUGGCAUCUAAAUGAACUUGAUUACUUAAAUAAGAAUUCUCUUUCCCUGUUUGAAUACUUGAAAGCAUAUAUAAUAAUACUGAGAAGAGUGGAGGCCAUAGGUACCUACAACAAUAUAUUCUCAAUUUAUACCUUCAAAUUACAGAUAAUAAGUUUUAAUUUGGGGUUCCAUAAUGUCAGUCAACCCAAGCAUUGUACCUGCUUUCCAUAGCAUGCCGAGGGUUCCUCAUCCACUUUUUUUUUUGUGUGCCCUAAAUGGAAGCCAGUUUGGUGUAGUGGUUAAGGCAACAGGCUAGAAACCAGGAAACUGUGAGUUCUAGUUCCACUUGAGGCACAAAGCCAGGUGAGAGACCUUGGACUAGACAUUUUCUCUCAGCCCUCAGAAAUAGGCCAUGGCAAACGACUUCUGAAAAACCUUGUGAAGAAACUGCAGGGACUAGUUCUGGCAGUUGUCCAGAGUCAAAACUGACUCAAAUGCACACACACAACUCACCCACCACAAGUGUAUGUUAUUAUUGCUUAUUUGCAUGGGUUUUUUGAUAAUAGUAAAUAGUAAACUCACUGCAAGCCUUUUCCUUUUAUGAGUUUUUCAGCAAUCCUUCUCCAUCUGAUGAAAAACAACAUAGUCAUUUUCUUUUAAUUGUGUAAAGAACCAAUCAAAGUGGGAAUCUCCAAGGUUUGAGGAGUUUUAAGGGCGGCUGUCAUGACUACAAUCUAACUUCUCCCAACUGAGAGAAAAAGGCAUUUCCUUGAAUCACAGACCCUAUGAGUUUUAUUUGGUGAUAAACAGCACAAUAAAUUGCACCCCAAGGCCAAUGGGUAACUAGUGUUGUUCAAAAAGUAGUGGGGACAUAAUGUGCAUACUAUGAAAUAUCUAUCACCUCUUGUGCCACACUACAUUCUGGAAGCCGUAGCUUCUGAGUGAUUUUCAAAGGCACACCCUUGUAGAGUGCAUUGUGGUAGUUCAACUGAGUUCGGGAACAUGCUGGAUAGAAACUCAGUUUACUAGUGCAUCUCUUCAAAUAUGCUUUCAGGGGAGGGGAAUCCAUGGAUAUUCCAAACACAAGAGGAAAAACAACACGAUUCUAGCUGUAGAAGCUGUACUUGUGGUUUAGGAUUUUGUGACUGCUCUUGCCUUUUGGGAGAAGAGCGUUGUAUUAUAUUACCCAACCACAGCCUUCAAAAUACCAGUCCUUUCACUAAACGGAGUUUGAUGAAACUAAACAUGCAUUUUUUGUGUGUGUUACAAUUUAAAGAGACCACAAAUCCUCCCUCUUAAGGAGUUAGCUAUUAAGAAAGAGUAAACUAAUUUACUCCCCUUUCCCUUCUACACUAACAUUCCACAUAUAUUUGAAGGUUUUUAUUUUGAUUCCUGUAUAAUCAUGUACAAGGUUUACCUUUCCCAAACAUAAUCAUGCAAUUUUAAUGACAUAAGGUACACCGAAGCCAUACAAAGCCUAAAUAUGACAAUUUCCAAUCUUAACAGUGGGAUCAUUGCAAGAAAUUCAAUUUCUAGUGAUUCGUUUGUUUGCGAAUUUUGACCUGAAAAUGUUCUGCAAUGUGUCAUGAAUACCUGAACCUAUGAACUUCAGCCUAUAUGUAUAACCCUGAAAAUGAUAGACGAUUCUUUGUAUAAAUGUUUUUUAUUCUAGGCUUUGCUUCCUCCUAUCUUGGUUUAUCCAGUCACUGUGAAAUGAGCAAACCAAAUCCAAGUGUUCUUAUUUUUUUGAGUCCUAGAUGUAAACCUUGGUUUUGAAAUGUAUAUUUUUAAUACUAAAAGAUACUAGAGGAUAAACCAAGAAGCAUGCUUUAAUGGUUCAGUUAGGACUAAUUUGCAUGUUUUCUUGGCUAAUGCAUAUAUAACCUUCCCAGUGUUUUCCUGAAAUGUUUAAUAGGUGCUAUAAGUUGGAUAUUUCCUUCUUCUGUAAGAGGAAAUUAUUACUACUCUGUAGUAAAAAGAGACUGUUGCAUUUAGGAAGAAUGCAAUGUAAUGUUUAUUAUGUAUUUUUCAAAUUUCUGCAUAUAUUAUUGCAUAGAGAACACUAAGGAAUCUAUUACAAUGAUGAAUUGUGUAAGUUUUAGGGUGAGAUGGAGGGUGGGGCAUCAGGCGUAUGCCAUAUUACAACCUGGUUUAGAAAAUGAAUUGGUUUUAAAACCAGCUUCAUAUGAACCAUAGAGGACUGUUACAGUAUUCCUGGGGUAAAAAAUUAUACUCCCAUUUAAUAUGUUGAACUAUGCCAAUGGAUUAUUUUAAGAUAUAUUUCUUGACUGUGAAACUGCAUUUCUUACCCUGGGUACCCUAUAAACAGCUUUAAAUAAACUUAUGUUCGUUUGUGGUUGAGUUUAAUAUGACAUGAGAUGGAAAGAUUUUAUCAGUUUAUUUAAAUCCUUUCUUUUUAACAGUAAGGUAGGUAUUCCCCUUUAUUGUUGAAAGUUUGUUGCUAGUGAGAAAAGCUCUUAAUGGCAUAUAAAAAGUAGCUUGAAAAUUUCCAUCCAAGUCACUACACAUAUUACAUUACAUAUCUGUAAACCCUGAAUAUAGUAAAUGUUGACUAUUAAUUUUUGCUAACAAAGACUGAGUAAUGUGGAGACAAUUGCUAUGGCUGUGGUCAACAUCCUAUAAGACAAGCAAAUUACAAAGUAUAAUUAUGGGUGAAAAUGUCAUACUGAUAUAAAAUAACAACCAAGCUCAGAGAGCACCAAGGACCCCACAUUUCAACUCUGAGCUACUAAUAUUCUCCUUUAUUGAUAAAAUGAAAGACUAGAUCAUAAAUAUUUUACUGCCAGACAAGUAUAAUAUUCAUUUCAUUCAACCAUUCUAUUUUCUAUCAGGCGAACAUACAAAAAAUAAAAGUUUGAGUCUCCUAUUUGUAGUGGUAACUAGACUGUCCAGUGACCAAUACUUAUCUAUUCAAGAUGCAUUGUCAUGUUUUUCUUAACAGGUGUAAAAAUCCUUGUAGGAAGAGAUGUGUCUAAAGCAGUGAUGGCUAACCUUUUCUGGACUGAGUACCCAAAGCGCUCGCAUGCAUGGCCAGACCCCCAAAAUGCAAUGUGCAAGUGGCCCAGUGCAUAUGCCCCGCCCCACGUAUGUGCGCAGCCCCCUACACAUGCAAGCAUUCCCCUGCAUGUGCCCUGUCCCCCCAUUUGCGUGUGGCCCUCCACACAUGCGCCCCACUCCCGCACAUGCGUGGCAGAGAUCUCAAGACUAGCUGGCUGGCAACAACCCAUGUGCCAUCAGAGAGGGCACUGCGUGCCACCUCUAGCAUGCGUGCCAUAGGUUCACCAUCACAGAUCUAAAGAAUUGGGGUGGGAGAAUUAAGAAGCCAUAGGAAGCAACUUUUGCUAGAAAGAAAUAUCCAAUCUUGAAAAAAAUGAAGGUUUGGCUGGAUCACAGCCUUUUGUUUCACAGAUAAACAGUUUAUCCCUUGAAGCUAACUCCCUGCCCAGAGUUUAUGAAUUCCCUAGCAACUAUUUGUGCACCUUUAGGGAUACUGAUUUUAUAAGUAUAUAAAGUUUAUAAUUAAAAGAUGGAAUAUGUCCCCAAGCAGAAGAAAGUCACACUGUAUAUUACAAAUGCCCCAGAAUCCAAGUACUGUAAAUAAAUUUGGCGUUACUAUAGAGAUUAUCAGAAUUAAAGCUAAAUGGAAGAAUUGAUGAUAUCUGUUACUGCCUACCCAACCAGGAGACAAACGUUUUCCAAAAACAAAUGCACACAUCUUUCAAAUUGCAAGUUGAAGUAGUAAAGAUGGGGAUUUUUAAUUAUGUGGACUUUACUCAGUAUCUGAGUUUAGGUUAGUGAAAUAUGCCAAGAACAAAAACGUCUUCUUCAGGGAAUAUAAGGGAAAUACAAGGGAAAACAAAUAUACCAGCGGCUCAGUGGAGAUUAUCAAAGAGAAACUACCUAAGUUCAGUCUUUUCCAAUAAGUGAAUUUGUGUUUCACCAGGCAAUUGUGAAGGGAAGAAUGAAUGAAUGAAUGAAUGAACAGAACUGAAGUUUUGAAACUGAUAAAAAUAUCAGCAGGGAAUAUAUUAUGAACUAACAUAAAACUCUAGGACCAGAUAAAUUAGAUCCCUUGGUACUGAAAGAGCUUGUUGAUGUUACAUAUUAUCUUUGGAAACACCUGGAGAGUAGGAGUUUCAAACAAAUGGAGGCUAGUUUUUAUGCCUAUCUUUGAAAACUGAUGUAUGGGAGGAGGGGAGGAAGAUGCAGGUAACUAAAAAUCAAUGUGACACCUUGGGAGAUUCUAGAACAGAUUCUAAAAAGACCAAUUUGAAGAUAUCUGUAAACUCUGGUAAUUUUAACCAGCAUGAUUUUGUCAUAAUAAUUGUUUUCAGACUGAAUUUGUCCCAUUAUUUUUUGACUGGGUAAAUUGUUAGUUCAGUUGUUAUCGGUAUACUGCAGAUGUAAUGAGUUUUUGUCUCAUUAAACUUUUUGACGAAGUGCCCCAUGAGAUGUUGAUUAGCAAGUUACUGUGAGAUGAAUAGCAUAACAAUUGUGUGAAUACAUAAGCGGAGGGUGCUCUGAGCAUUAAUGUUUCCUCAUCAAACUAGAAUGAAAUUUCAAGAGGGAUGUCACAAAUUUCAGUCUACAAUCCUGUGUUUUCACGUUUUUAUAAAUGUCUUGCAAAGAGAAAUUUAAAGAAUGCUCAUUAAAUUUAAUGAUGGCACAAAUCUCAAGAAGUAGAAUUCAACAAGAUCUUGAUCAUUUAGCUGAAAAUAACAACCAAAUAGAAAUAAUAGAAAUAGAAAUAAAAUGUACACUGGAUUGGGGAAAUUCCUGGUUUGGCAACAGUACUUGUUAUUGGAAUAGGAAGUGAUUACUGGAAUUUUUAGCUUUGACAAAACAAAACUGAGGCAGAAUAUGUAACAUUCUUAGAACACUUGAAAAACCUUGUUUACAAUAAACCAAGACUUAUUACUUAUUGUUCCAGAAUGGAGAUGAAUUUUUUAAAAAAAUCAAAUUACAGGAAGGCAAAUUCCAAUGCAUUGUUAAUGGAUAAACUUUCUAAAUAUGAAGCCAAUCUGAACUAGAAACAAUUACCAAGAUGAUAGUUCCCAUUCACGUCACUAUUAGCCAUCUGUCAGUGAUGCUUCAAUUUGGAUUCCAGUCUUCCAUUCCAUAAGGAAGUUGGACUUAGUGGGCCUGCACAGCACCUUCCAACCCUACAACGUUUUCCACUUCUAAGAGAUUUGGAACUUUUAUAAUCACUAAGAAAAUAUACCUUUGCUACUAACGGAAAGCUGUUGCAAGUAGGGAGACCAGUCUUUAAAAAUUUAUAUAAUAGUAAUGAGUCAUCCUUUAACUUUUCAAAAUACAUAAUUCUAAUUAAAAUUGCUCAAAGACAGUAUGAAGUGCAAUAUAUGUAUUAUACCAAAUAUACAUGUUUCAAAAUGUCUUUUGGUAAUACUGAAAUACAUCAAACACAGCAUUCAGCUUUCUUGAGAACCUUCGUUUUAGUUCCAAAAUUUCAAAUUGGAUCCAAACUGGCCAUGAAUAUUAUUCAAUAUGUUAAGAAUUUUGUGACCUAUUUUUAAAAAUUAAAUCCCAAACUUGCAUUAAAUCAUGUACAGAGUAGAUUUUUAAAAUGUCUUGACGCUAUCAAUGCUCUCCACACUUUCAAGAUUGUUUUUAUUUUACCGUAAAUAUCCCAUUGUACUGUCAUCCUUUGAGUCCUGGAACAAUUGUAAUGAUCUAAACAGAACUAUCAGUGGGUUAAAUGCAAAAUUUAUUUACUUACUGCUUCUAUCUUCCACACAGAAGCUCAAUUUGGGAUUAUAUCCAAAAGGAGGUAACUUUUAAUUGGUACUUAAAUUUAAAUUGACUCAUGGUUCUGUGUAUGGAAUUAAAUAGAUUGUGAGGUGCACUGUUGUAAAACCUAUCACUUACUGAAUGUUUUCUUAUACUCUAUUUGAUAGCAUUUGCUAUUUGUCCAAAAUUACUAAUUUAGCUUUCAUGGAAGAAUGGAGAAAAUACAACGUUGUUGCAGUCUUAUUUGAUGUAUGUUAUGUUUUAUACUUUGUUGUACAUUCUUAUUUUGUGAACUGCAGAAUCCUACAAUUGCAGGAGGAUAUAAGCCUGGUAAAUAAAUAAAUAUUAACUACACAGCAAGCAACCUUGCACAAUCCUUGAUAAUCAGAGUUAAUAGUUACUCAUCUAUUUUUAAGAAUCAGGUCAAGUGUAAAAAUGGGUGAGCCAAAUAAAAUUGUCAAGCAAUGCAAACCACUGUAAAAAAGGAAGAAAACACUGUUAACAACUGGCAAGGUAAAAUGUGGUUGGUAACUAAAUAAACUGGUGUGAAAUA